AUGAAUACCAACGACAUCCAAGCAGCUACAGACAACAGCUCUUCAAGACCACGAGCUGAAUCGACGAAUUCAUUCGCCUCUUCCUUCAAAUCUCCACGAGUGGCUCGUUUCGCCGAAGCAACGACAAUCAACUCACCAAUCGAUCCACCUCGGUCAUCAUUCAUCGCUGUACCAACAAAUCACUUUCGCCCGCAGCCACAGCCAUCUGACAUCGGAUUUGGUUAUAUCGAUGACAAGCACACUUCGCACGUAACAGUCGAAAUGGAAGAUACAGAUAACAACCAUCUGCCUCGAGGUAGAAGUGAAGCACCUUUGAGCCCUCCUCUCAAGAGUGCUAUGAAGACGCCCGGCAUGGCACCACGGAAUUUUGGUAACCUCAUGAGCCCCACCUUCCAGGAAGAGCACAUUCUAGAGAAGAGAGAGCUCGCUACCGAAAAGGAGCAAGCCAAGGAUCUUAAAAUCAAAACACGAGUUCGUGCGGCGAAGAUGUUCUUGAGAAGCAUCAAUUUUGCAUGCUCUCUGAUUGUUUUGUCUAUGCUUGGAACAACAUUUGCAAUCUUCAAUGCAACCAAGCGGCUCUCCCCCCGAAGCAAUCUCCCUCCAUGGGCUAUGGGUACGAAUCCGUGGCCCCAGAUCCUUCUGCUCGUCAUUGCCUGUAUUUCCAUGGUAUUCUGCAUUGCCAUAUUUUGGGGAUACUGGCGAGGUGGGCACAAGAGAGCCGAAAAGGUCCAAACUUACUAUACUGUUUUCGCUGUUGGAUUCUUCGCCUUUAGCAUCUUCAUGUGGGGAAUUGGCGCCGGUGUGUUGAACACUGCUAGGACCAACAGCAAUGGACAGGAUAUUUGGGGCUGGUCUUGCAAAGAGAACAAGCGUAAGGAACUGUUCUCCGAUGUCGUCAACUAUGCCCUUGUCUGCCGCCUGCAGAACUGGUCACUGGUGUGUGCAGUGAUCGAGAUUGUCGUCGAGCUUUGCGCGAUCGGCUGCUACUCAUUCGUGUUCUACCGCAUCUGGUCUAAGAGAAAGCUGCGCAAGUCUAUGGCUGUCCGUGAUCGCGCUCGCUCGGAUCUUUACCUUGCGCAGCUGCGUUCUCAGUCUGCACCAAACACACCUGGUCUGAAUGGACCUUUGAGUCCUAGGGACGGCGGUUGGAGACCGCCUGUCGACUACUACAAGGCUGGGCCAUCGAUUGAAGCUGGACUAGUAGAAGACGAAGGUGUCAGAUACGUCGAUGCUUCCCAACAGCCCACAGCUCCAAAGCCAUUCGUGCUACAGCCACCUCCGACCAAGGGUUCGACUCCAAAGAUCCAACAGACUGGUUUCACUCCGCUCAACUACACAUCGCCAGCAGAUUCGAGAUCACCUUCACCAAUGCAGGCACAACCUACGGAGCAACAGCAAGAACACUUUGCCGCGGCUCCUGGUGAGAGAAUCUACGAGUCUGUACCAAUUCCUGGAUCUUAUCGCAGCCCCUUGAACUCCCCGACGGUUGCACCGAAGCAGAUGGGCUUUCCUCAAAUAGCCAGUCAGCUGUAA